AGAUGAACUAAAUACUCGCUUGGAAUAAUACAAAAAAUGCACCACACACUUAAAUGAAAACAUCGUUAAAAGAUCUAAAAUUGUAAAAUGGAAAAAUAAAAUUAAACUGACAACUAAUAAAAGUUCACAUUUAUUGCACAGCAACAACAAUGCAACAAUAUUGAAGUACUUUAAAAGCAGUUGGUUGUUGUUGAAGAGAAUUGCAAAGAGCAACUGCUUAUAAUGCGUUUAUCUAAAAUAACCUAUCAUAUAGGUUUCAAAAAUGGUGCACAUAAAUUCGAACAACAACAACAGCAACAGCUCGAGCAUACAGCAAAACUUCAAGCGACGGCUGGUGGCAAGCGCUUCAGCGGCAGCCAUAGCAACAACAGCAAUAGCAAUUGUGGAAGCGCACGUGGCAGUGGCAGUGGCAGCGUCAGCGGUGUUAGCGGUGGCGUCGCCACCAACAAUCGUAACAGCAUUGGCAACGGCAGCUGUGUGUCGACGUCGACAACCUCAGCAGCAACAACAGCAGCGGCAGCGGGAACUGGCAAGCGACGCAAAUCAAAGCCGACAAAGUGCUUUAGUAGCACAGUGUUUCGCUGUUGUAUACCUUGUCGCGGGGGCGGCUCAGCAGCCCCCGCUACAAGUCCGCCCCAUUCACCCGCUACGCCCGCGGAUGAUGUGAAUAACGGCACUAGCAUAACCGCAGCAACCCAGAAGAAGUACGCUAAAGCAGCAUAUGAAAAGAAACGUGAUAGCGGCAACAUUAAUGCACCUUAUGCCGAACUAGAUGCAGAUGUAGACGUUGACGUCGAUGUUGAAGCAGCCGCAGUAGCAGCGAACGGCAAAAAACAUUCGCUAGCCGACACAAUUGCCACCUCGGCAACCACACCCAUAUCUUUGAAAACUAUUAUAAACGACAGUGAUGAACUCGAACCGCCGACUUUAAGUGUAGCCGACCUUGCAGCCGCCACACUUGCGACCGGUAUCGUAGCGCGUAAAGCCGAACCGGAAACACUGAGUGACGCUAGUGUCUCACCGACCGCUGCUAUACAGCAGCCGCCAUUUUUGAGUGCGCCUAUUAACGCCAUUCAGAGCUUGAAUGCCAUCGGCAGCGCCGCACUAAGCAUCAGCGUACAACAAAUUUCACCAACUAAAACGUCUAGCAACGUGACGACAGUGACGCCCUUUACCACUGUUAUUGGGCAAACAAGUAACGCAGCCACACUGCAACAGCAACAGCAAACUCAACAACAACAACAGCAGGUACAACCACCACCGCCACCCGCCGCGCAAUCAGCGCCACGCGUCUCGCAAUCACAAACCUCGCCACUACCGCACAUCAAAGAGGAGGAAGAAUCCGAGCAUAUCGGCAACCGGCAUCAGUACUCACCGCCCGUCGACGCCGAGCAACCUGUUGGCGGCGCCUUAACUACGGUUAGUGACAGCAGCGAAAGUACAAACGCACCCCAAUCCACAAAUACUUCACUCUCAGCGCCGACAAGCGGCCAUCAAGAAUUAGUCACACCAAGCGCUUCAACUCCUUCGCCACGCAUAAAACUCAAGUUUCGCAAGCAGCACAAAUCCGCUUGGUCUCGUUCGGUACUCACGCCCAGUAGCGCCACCAGCAGCGUUGCUGGUGUGGGCGGUAGUAGCGGAGGAGGCGUCGGCGGCAGCGGCGGCGGCGGUAGUAGCGGUGGUGGAGUUGCUGGUGGCGGCAGUGGCAGUGGCGGCGCUACCUCCAACGAAACACUCGCUUCGAACGGCAGCAACACCAACACAGCGACCAGCGUCAGCAGCGGCGGUUUACAUCGCAUCUCAUUGUCUUCGGUGCCACACGCGUCUAGCUCUGCACAGCUUCUACCAGCUACCAAGAUGCAGGCCGAACAGGGCUCUAUUGGCGAUUUGCAGAAAUACCACAGCAGAUAUUUGAAGAAUCGACGGCAUACACUAGCGAAUGUUCGCUUCGAUGUAGAAAAUGGCCAAGGCGCUAGAUCACCGCUUGAAGGCGGCUCACCAAGCGCCGGUUUGGUACUGCAAAAUCUUCCACAACGUCGCGAAUCGUUCUUGUAUCGCUCGGAUUCCGACUUUGAGAUGUCACCAAAGUCGAUGUCACGCAACUCAAGCAUUGCAAGUGAAAGGUUUAAAGAGCAGGAGGCCUCUAUCCUGAUUGACCGAUCCCAUGGUGAGGAUCUUAUUGUGACACCAUUUGCCCAAAUUUUGGCCAGCUUACGUUCGGUGCGCAACAAUCUCUUAAGUCUGACAAAUGUACAAGCAUCCAACAAAUCCAGGCGCCCAACACAAUCGUCCAGCAUGGGACGUGCAUCUACAGCCGGCGUUCAAUUGGUCCAAGGCGAUGAAUCCUAUACACGUUUGGCCACAGACACCAUCGAGGAGUUAGACUGGUGUUUGGACCAACUGGAGACCAUACAGACACAUCGCAGUGUAUCGGACAUGGCAUCGCUCAAAUUCAAGCGUAUGCUCAAUAAAGAAUUAUCACACUUCAGCGAGUCGAGCAGAUCUGGCAAUCAAAUAUCGGAGUAUAUUUGUUCCACAUUUUUGGACAAGCAACAAGAAUUGGACCUGCCAUCAAUGCGCGGCGAAGAUAACCCCGACCAACACAAUAUGCUUACCCAGCAUCAGCGUUGCCGUUCGCCACGUGGUCCGCCCAUGUCACAGAUAUCGGGCGUGAAACGACCACUCUCCCAUACGAACUCUUUCACCGGCGAACGUCUGCCCACAUUCGGUGUGGAAACGGUGCACGAGAAUGCGCUCGGCACACUGCUCGGCGACGUCGAUAUGUGGGGCAUUGACAUAUUCAAGAUUGGCGAUUUGAGCGCCAAUCGUCCGCUCACCUGUGUGGCAUAUACCAUAUUUCAGAGUAGAGAACUAUUGACCAGUCUUAUGAUACCACCGAAAACUUUUAUUAAUUUUAUGACUACUCUGGAGGAUCAUUAUGUUAAAGACAAUCCGUUUCACAAUUCACUACAUGCGGCCGAUGUGACACAAAGUACAAAUGUACUGCUCAAUACACCAGCGCUGGAGGGUGUAUUCACAUCGUUGGAAGUGGGCGGAGCAUUGUUUGCUGCUUGUAUACACGAUGUUGAUCAUCCUGGUUUAACGAAUCAAUUUUUAGUUAAUUCAAGUUCCGAAUUAGCCUUAAUGUAUAAUGACGAAUCUGUUUUGGAAAAUCAUCAUUUAGCAGUUGCCUUUAAAUUAUUACAAAAUCAAGGAUGUGAUAUAUUCUGUAAUAUGCAAAAGAAACAACGCCAAACAUUAAGGAAGAUGGUUAUCGAUAUUGUGCUCUCAACGGACAUGUCAAAACACAUGAGCUUGCUGGCCGAUUUAAAGACUAUGGUCGAGACGAAAAAGGUCGCCGGCUCCGGUGUGCUAUUGCUGGACAACUACACCGAUCGCAUACAGGUGCUCGAAAAUCUGGUACAUUGUGCCGAUUUAAGUAAUCCAACUAAACCGUUGCAAUUGUACAAACGCUGGGUCAGCUUACUUAUGGAGGAGUUCUUUUUGCAGGGCGAUAAAGAACGUGAAUCGGGCAUGGACAUUAGUCCCAUGUGUGAUCGUCAUAAUGCCACAAUCGAAAAAUCGCAGGUCGGAUUUAUCGAUUAUAUUGUGCAUCCAUUGUGGGAGACAUGGGCCGAUCUGGUGCAUCCCGAUGCACAGGAUAUACUUGAUACGCUUGAAGAGAAUAGAGACUAUUAUCAGAGCAUGAUACCACCAUCACCACCACCAUCGGCGGCCGACGAUCAACCCUCCGACGAUAAGAUACGAUUUCAAGUAACACUUGAAGAGUCCGAUCAAGAAAAUCUAGCCGAACUGGAAGAGUGUGAUGAGAGUGAACAUAACAAGCCGGAAGCAGCAACUGUGACGACGGCAGCGGCUGAGCAUAAACCGUCGGGGAGUGAGAAUCAAAGCCAUCACGGUGGAAUGUGACGGAGAGUAGCGGGGUUAUGUAAGAAAAUCACCGAAAAGGCGCAAAAUUUUUUGCUAAUACGUUAGUAACAAACCAACUACAAGCAGCUAGUGAAAUAAAUAACUAAAAUAAAAAUGCCAAAAAAUACAAAAAAAAAAUUAAAUAAAGUUUAAAAUUUACAAAAAAAUGCAAUUUUUUGCUAACAAAAAAAGAACAUAAAAAACACUGAAGCAAAAACAAAACAAACGAGCUGAGAUGAAGGACAAAAUGUUAAAAAAGGAAGACACAAAGGAGGAAGCAAAUGAAAGCAUACAUACAUACAAUAUAAAUUUAGAAAUUUCAUAGUAGCAUAGCCAAGACAAAAGAGAAGAAAAAAAAUACAAAAAUAUAAAAAGCAACAUAUAUGUACAUGCAUAUAGCGGUAAAUAUUAUAUGUACAUGAAGCAAAUGGAUAAUUUUACUUUAAAACUACAAAAAAAUUGCCAAAAAGCAAUAAGAAACAAUGAAACACGGAGUGUAAAGCAUGCAAAAACACUCAAACACACACACAUACACAACACACUCAGCACAAAUGUAUGACAACAAAAUGAAACUACUACAGACUUUCAAAUCCGCUGCAGCAAAUAAAUUUCAUUCAUUUGCAAUUAGAACAAUUUUGAAAAACUACAGUUAAGACAAAAUGGUAGCUACUUUUACAACACAAAAAGCUCAUUCUUGCCAUUCAAACAUAAUUUAACAAAAGCAUUGCUGGACACAUAUGCAAAUAUUACAUAACUAGUAAAGCAUAAAAAUAAACACAAGACGAAACGCAAGGUUGUAAUUUAAAGCAAAAAUAAAACGUUUUUAAAAGUUUUUCAAGCUGAAAAUGGAAAAUGUUAACUUAAUAGCGGCUGAACACACCUAUAGCGUUAUAACUGACCCCGCAUACCUUUAGCGAUUUUAAUUUCGAACUCAUAACAUACACGCACACAGACGUAUUAACGUUUAUAAUAUUUCAAAAAUUCAAAUUUACACACAAAAUGGCUGAAGUUUCGAUAAACCACUUGACUACGAAGCCUACUGACUAUUUUAAAAGCACUUGACGCAAGCCUAUAUAAUAUUACAUACUUAUCGGUAAAUGCAAAAAUUGAAAAAAAGCUAAAAUGAAGCAAAAAAUAUGUGUCGUAAGAAAAUUGUUCGAAAAAUUUCAAAAUUUUACUUGAGCGUUGAGUUAUUAAAGAAGUAUGUUAUGCACAGGAUUGCAACGAGAGCUGGAAUUAAAAAAAUAUAUAUAUAUAAUGCAUUUUAUACACAAUAUGUGGCUUGAAAUGUGCAUUAUUAUAUAUUUUUUAAUCUGUUGUUCAUUUAAUUUAUGAACUCUCUAAAUUUUACAAUAAUGUUAUUUUUAAUUUUAAUUGAUUUUUAUUUAUUUUUGUAUAACUAUUUGUUAUUUAUAAAGUUGAAAUGCAAAAUGUAUAUUAAAAGUUGAAAAUUAUACCGAAUUGAAUUUGAAGAAUUACAGAAAAACAAAAUACUAAAACGUUACUAAAGAAAAAAUAAUAAGUUCAUUGCUUUUCGCGUGCAAACAAUUGGCGUAAUAAAAAAGAUAUUAUUAUUUAAUUUACCUUAUAGUUUUAAUUCAAAUAUUUUAUUUAUUUUUUGUUAUUCCUUAUGUUUUUUUUUAUAUUUGAAAAUUUUUAGCUGCAUUUUUUGAAAUAUUAUUGAAUUCUUGACUUAAGAAAGACUCAACUCACUUUCUUAAUAUUUAAAUAAAUUUUGUUUCGAUUUUUUUAAUUUUAUAAAAUUCUAAUCUUUAAAUUAUUAAAUACAUAUAAUAUAUUUCAAUAAAUAUUUUUUUUUAAUUUUACAAUUUUAAAAAACUUUUAUUUUGCGUAAAACUAAAAUAUUUAUUAAAAUCAUUUUUUUCUUUCAAAAAUUUUUAUGUUUUUAUAAUGAGCUUUCUAUUUUAAUUUACAAAGUACUAAACAAUUAUGUGAGUAACGAAAAAUUUUAAACACUAGAAUAUGGUAUUUAAUCUUUUUCAAACUUUUUUAAAUAUUUCUAAAGUAAUGACUUUUAAGCAUCGCUAUUUUCAAUAACAUUCAAAAUGUUAUUACUAGAUUAGAGCUUCCGAAAUAUGUAAUAUAAAAACCUUAAUUUAUUUAUUUUUCUAAUUUGCGUCUAAAAUCAAUUCAUUGUUUAUUUAAAAAGCUGUCUUGAGUAUUAUUUGCAACGUUUUUAUAAACUGCAGAAGGUUUUUUUUUUAAUUUUUAACAAAAGUUAGUAUUUUUGUAAAGUUUUAAAGCAUUUUUAAAUCAUACAUUUAGCCAUAUAUCUCAAUUAUUGUUGUUUUUAACAACUAUUUAUUCAAUUUUUUUUUUUCUAUAAAUCAGCUGAACUAAAUUUUGUAAAUCAUUUUUUUUUAGUAAAGAAUUUUUUUUCAUGUUAUACCAACUUAAAAAUAUAUAAAGGACAAGAAAAUAUUAGAACUCUGUAGCUUAAAAAAAAGUAAUGAUUAUCAUGCAGCCGAUUUAUGUUAUAUACAAUAUAAUUUUUUCUAUAAUAGUGCAAAUUUUAAUUCAAAUCAAAACUUAAAAUAUAUGAAAAUAAGUGCUACAAUGUGUCAUACAUUGAGCCGGGGUUCGCAAAUAAUUGCAUUACAGUCAUUCUGAACAACACACAUACACACGCAGAUACAAACACUGAAACACUCUAGCUGUAAAGUAAUUAGAAGUCACAUGUGUAUGUGACAGCAAAAGGUAAUUUAUGUAUAAAAUAAUAUUUAAAAAAAUAUGAAAUUUUCCCUCUAAAAGGAAAAGCAAGACUAAAAGCUAAAGUGUUGAACUCGAAUUUACUAGGGAAUGGCAGAGAAAUAAAUUUUUUUUUUAGAAAAUAAAAACUUAAAAAUACUAGUAAACUGUGCAAAAUAUAAUAAAAUGGAAGCUAUGCAAAAGCAAGUGUGGCUUAUGUGUAACUUUCUAGCUAAAUGAAAACUGAAAAGUAAUAAUUCAACAUUUUUUAAUUAUUUAAACAUAAGAAGCAAAAAAUAUAUAUAAAUUAGAAACAACUUAAGCAAGGCUAAUGUAAAAGUGAAAAUACUGUAAUAUAAAAUAUUCGAACCGAAACAAAAUGUGAAUAGAUUAAUAUACUGUUUAUGAGACAAAAGUAAAAUAAUAAGAAUAAUAAUUAAAUUAAAUAUUGCAUUGAAAUUGAAAAUGAAAAUGAGAAACCACCCACCUGCUGGGCGGUGUGUUGAAUUUGUAGCUUCCACACUUCCUUUCCACCACAAAUAAGUCUUCGCAUACUUUUAAGUUGAAUGACGUUUUAAGAAUAAUUACAUAUGUAUGUGUAGAAGUUAAAAAGAAAGAAAACAAACAAAUUCAAAGAAAAAACACUAAAAACUAAAACAAAGUAAUUUAUGUGUAUAAAAAUAAUAAUUUUAUUAUAUGAAAAAUUUAAAUAUAGAACUGCAUGUACGUUUGAGACGAACAGCUGUCAGUUUAGCCACAUUUUACAACAACAAAGCUGUAUGCUUACUUAUUUGCUUUGAAGAAAAAACAAAAUUUUUAUAUUUCUUUAAAUUUUUGUUUAACAUUUUUAUACUGUUUUAAUGAAUGACAAUAGUAAAUGCACAAAAUGCGCCAAAGCAUAUGUUUUUAACAGCAAAAAAAUGCAUAAUAUAAAUAUAUCAGACGUUAUACACACACAUAUAACUAAAUAACUAUGUAAGAUGGUGCAAAUAUGGUAAACGCGUGCAAAAAAAGAGUUGACCGAAAAAUGGUUACAACACAAAAUAAAGCAGUCAAAGAGAGCACACACAGUUAGCACCAACUAUUGUUAAAACAAACUAUAAUAUUUUUAUAAUGCUUGCUAAGUGCAGGUCACUUUCGGCGUGUUAACACUGAAAUACAACACUAUGCCAACAGCCAAGCGCGCACUGUUGUAUUUUGCCUGCUGAUGUGCUGAGCAGCGCCACGCCGCAACUCGAUUUUAGUUAAAAAACACUGUUUUUUGAUUUAUUUUUCCUUAAGUGUUUUAUGCGUUGAUUAGCAUAAGUGAGAGCAUACACAUGCAUACAUACAUAUUUAUUAAAUACUAUUAUAAUUGAUUGUAAUGUGGUUAUUGUUAUAUUAACACGUAAUUCUUAAUUUUAAUUUAUCGUUGACAGGGCAGGAUCCCGCUCUUUUACAUACAAAUAUAUGUGCAUACAUAUUAUAUACGCUUAGAAUAGAAAUAAAUUUGUUUGUUUUUGUAUUGCCAAAAAGUUCAUGGCAUACAAAAUUUAUGUUAUUCAUAUAAAAUAAUUAUAUUGUGUAAUUGUAUGCAAUUAAUAAUAGCAACAACAAAUCUAAUGAAAGCAACAAACGCAAAGCAAACAAGCACCUUGAUGGUCUAAAAAUAUCAUUUAAAUAAUAAACAAAUUUUCAAUAAUAUUGUAAAAACAUUUUUUUUAAUUUUAUUUCUAAAAUUGUAAUAAAAUUAAUUAUGUGUACUACAAACACAUGCUAAGUAUGAAAACAAAAAACACAAACAGAUUGAAUUCUCUAGCAAAUAAGACUAAUUAAAUUAAAUUAAUUUGAAUUGAAUAAACAAAAUGUAAUAAAAAGAAUUGGAUGAUCAUUUUUGAUAAUACAACAAAUCGCACACCGAACUACAUAAGCAGUUACUUUCCCAUAUUUUCAUUAUCUAAAGCCCGGACCAAAUAAUUUUUCGCAACAUUUUUCUGGAAGCUCCUUAUUAUGCAAUAUUUCUGCAUCAUAAGUUUUCGUCUAGCGCUGUUUACCAACUCAGCAAAAUUCAGUUUGUAUGGCAAGUAGCAGCUCACAUAUCAGGCGCCCAGAAUUUGCAGUAAGCAACAGCGGAAAUAAUUUUUCGCAACAUUUUCCCGGAAGUCCCUAAAACUAUGCAAAAUUUCUUCAUCACAAAUGAUUGCAUCCGUCAGACCAGCAGAAUUUAGUUUGCGUAACUAAUACCGGCUCAACUGCUAGCGAAAUUAUGUAUUUGCAAUAUAUUUUGAGAGGCCAAAGUUAGGAAAAAUUAAAUAUUAAGUAAUUUUUCAAUUCAUUAAAUUACAACACAUUUUAGGAAAUUGUUUUAAAGGUAUUUUUAUUUACUAUGUUUUAUGUUAUUUUAUAUAGUUGAAUAAAAAUUAAAUUAUUUUGCAUUUCUUUGUACUUGUGACAUUUAUUCCUAUGAAGGUAGAUUUCAAAUUGCAUGAUAUAAUUUAAAAUGCCGCUAAAGCCUAAAGCGACAUUAGAGAAAACAGCGUUCCUUUAUUUUCGGCGUAAUUUGUUGUAUUGUUAACUUCAAGGAAGAGUUUUUGAUACAAGAAUUGAGUAUUUCUUAUCACGAAUAAUAAAUGAUGUAAAUUAUGAGAGUGCCCAAAGGCUAGAAAAUGUAUUCACACUUCUAUCUGCACAAUCGUAAAAAAUAGCUCACAAAUAUUUUAUGGGGAAAAAUUAUUCAUAUUUAUAACUGUUUGUCAUAGCAUCUUCUUAGCUUUCCUAAAUUCACUGAAACAAUAGAGUAUGCCACCGGUGCUCUGAGAAGCCUGAGGAUUCUGCUUUUUCAUUGAGAUUCUAUACGUUAUUGUGUUGUUGCUUUGACGAUCUGUUCUACAUAGAUAGACUUUGACGGACGAACAGUGUUAGGGAUACUAUGAAAUCAACUUUAUAAUUUUGAUUAGAUGUCACAAAGAGGUGUUUCACAAACUGUCAAUUGCUUGACCAUCACCUGAUAGCACAUGGUUUGGUAAUAUUUUAUAAAAAGUACCGGAGAACCACAAACAGACCAAAUCAAGCUUUGCAGUGCAGUAUUGCUAUUGCUGAGGGCUGACACAAGUAGUCCAAUGAUUUUAAUUUAGAAAAUCAUAAUUUUUACUUUCUGCAAUCAGCAUUUAGAAAAUUACUGUUCUCAUAUCUGGAACUACCUAUUACCCGAGUUCAAAAACCGAAAUUUUUUUCAAGAUACUAUAGUUAUUCCAUGACAAUAUCUAGACAUCCACGAAAUUCAAUCUGUAUGUGAGUUAAUUUUUGCAUGUGAGCAUUGUAAACUGCAUCACGUGCGCACAUAAAAUGUACUACUUAUGUAAAUACACACAACAUACAUGCACGCAUACAGUAUAUACAUGUGUAGAUAAAAUAAUAUGCUUACAUAUGUACAUAAAUGCUUAAAUAUUCAACAAUAACUAAAUUUAGUUGAACUAAGGAAUUCAAGAAUUCUUACCAGUUAGUGAGUAUAAUGCAUACAAAAAAUAAUGUUAAAUAAAGCAGUUAAGAUCAUGAAGUAAAAAUAAAUAAUAUGUACAUAUAUUCAUACAUAUAACAUGUAGCCAUCAACUACAUAAACAUAAGUAAAUAUGUGCAUGUUAGUUUGAAAAAAUAAAUUAUGUUAAAAUAGUACAUACAUCAAUAUACAUAUACACAUACAUACACAAUAGGGUGUCCGUUAUUUUCCAAGUUGCGUCUUUUUUUUUUUUUGCAAGCAUCCAUUGAAGUUUCAGUUUCUGCCCUAAAAAAGGAUCCAACUUAAACAAGAUUUUUAUUUUUAAUUUAUAUUGUUUUACUUUUCCUUUAUAUUUCAUGAGAUUUUGUAAUCUUUUCCAAUACAGUUUUCAUCUCCAAAACACUUAGAACUACAACUUGGAAAAAGUGUUAUUCUAAUACAAAAUCUUCCGCACUACAAAAAAGAACUUAAUGUUAAGUUAUACGCAGUUAAAGUUAUGCAUCAAAUGUACUGCAUUCAUACAGCACACCAUGUCGUAUGAGCAACACAGAAUGUCUAGCACUUGACUUAACUGCGUAUAACUUCAAUAGGCAAUUUUUUAUGCAAAAUCCCUAAGAUAUUUUUGAAGAGUGAAACAUUUUGCAUUACAAUUUCACUUCUUUUUAGAUUUACUUGCUUAUCCAAAAAUCCCAUGAUAUAUUUAUACGAGUACAUACUUGUUAAGAAUAAAAAAUGUGUAAUUAGACACUACUUAAAUUGAAAAUAAAGAGCUUGUUACGUUGAUAACUUUUUUUUUGGACAAAAACUGGAACUUCAGAGGGCUUUUGCAAAAAAACAAUCAACUUGGGAAAUAACGGACACUCUAACACAGAUGCACACGCAGAAGUUGAGAGUGUAUGUGUGUGAGAGUUAAAUAAAAAUUUGGCAGCAUAAAAUUUACCAGCUAGUGAGAGCGUGUGUAGGCUACAUACUUGUAAUACAUAACUAUGUAUGUAUUGUAUAAUGUCACUAAACAUUUAAAAAUAUGAAAAUAAUAAUUAUAAAAUAAUUGAAAAUUAUUAAGAAUUUGUAGUAGUAAUAAAAUAACGGUGUAAUUGGCAUUAAAUUAAAUAAUGAAAAAAGCCUGCGAAACAAGAAAAACAAUUGGCAGAUGAAAAAACCAUACAUUGAUGAAAGAAAAUAAUUACAAGAAAAAACCAAAAAAAUUUAGUCGUGAAAAAUCGUGAAAUGAGCAAAAAUGAAAAUAAAAAAUUAAAAUAAACAAAUGACUGUGACGCUGGCGUUACUUAUUGAAGAAAUUUAGAUCUUUUGUCAAACAAAAUUUACAUAAAUAUGUGUUGCUUAAUUUACAUACAUACAUAACAGCAUAAAUGAGGCAUGUAAGCAAAUUAAAUACGAUUAGAUGUAUUAAUGAAACUAUGAGACCAUUGCAAGUGAAGUUGAGUGCAUGAAAUAAUGGCAUACUAUGCUAUAGUCUAGUGAGAGAGCAUUUUUUGAAGUCUUGAAAGUUAUUUAAUAAAGGAGAAACAAUUAUCAAUGUGAGAUUUGUUACAAUUUCUGCACAAGCAAAACCAAUCUUCACUUCAGUUGUAAGUUAAUUCGUCAAAAUACUUUUGUUUUUGUAAGAAAAAUUAAAAUUACAUGUAUGCGCAUAUGUAUAUACAUACAUACAUAUGUAUAAUAUAUAUAUGUAUAUAUAUAUAUAUAUAAGUACUAAUUCGAAAUUUAUUAAGUGUAUACAAAAAUAAUAAUUGUAAACGUACUAACUAGAAAAGUGAAAGAAAACAGAUAAACGUAACAAAACCAAACCAAAGUGAAAAUUUGGUAUAGAUCUUAAUAAAAAGAGGAAAUGAUUAAAAAA